CAUCGCGGCUUUCUUCCUCGUCCGCCAUCCGCCUCCUCUCCUCCUUCCUAAAUCUCGCGGAUAAAUAAGCGAGGGGGAGAAAGUGGUUUAGAGAGAGAGAGAGAGAAGAGAGAGGAGGAAAGGGAAAGCAGCGAGCUGUGGGAGAGAGAAAGGUUAAGAGGAAUCCGAGCUGCGGUGCCGCUUCUUCUUCUUCCUCCUCUUCUUUUUCGGCACCGCCACUGGUGGGAGAAGAUUCUUGGGACGAGGCGACGCGGAAGGGAUUUCUUUGGGCUGGCUCCGCUCCGGUGGUUGCUUUGCGUUUGCUUCCAUGGAGAGGGAUUUCCUGGGCGUGAUUGACAGGGCGGCGGGGAAGGGCGGCGGCGAUGUGGUGGUGGUGGAGGACAGCCGAACGGAGCUAGCAGAGGCGGCGCAGUGGCAGUUUCCGGCCAAGUCCGGCAGCGGCGCACCGGCGUUCAUGUCCUUCAGGACGGCGAGGGGGGAGGAGGGCUCUGAGGAGUUCUCCAUCUCCGGGUUCCGGCCGGCUGGAGACGCCUUGGACGGCAUCAAGAAGCAGACCUCCUUGCCUGCUGUGAUCUCCCAGCACCAGCAGCAGCAGAGGCAGUUCGGGCUCAGCAGCAGCCAGGUCACGGCACAGCAGUAUCCUGCCGCGGCGCACGGCGGCCAGCGCUUGCAGGGGAUGGAUUACAGCGCGGCGGCGCUUCAUCAUCUCCCUGGUGGAUCCAGGCUAGUGCAGCCGCUGUCGGUGCGCCACCCUGCGCCGUUCAAUCAGGCCAACCUGAUGGUCAGGUCGCAGAGCUUCCACAAUGGCACCGGUGUCCCCUCGAGGAAUCAGCAGCCUUUCACCAUGAGCAACGGGUUUGGUGGCUCUACAGUUGGCGUGUAUGGCGCAAGGAAUCCACGAAAUCAGACCUCAACGCAGCUGACGAUAUUCUACAACGGUUCGGUGAAUGUUUUUGAUAACGUCCCGGUAGAGAAGGCUAAGGAACUCAUGAUGUUAGCCAGCAGGGCAUCUAUUCCUAGCCCACCAAUUGCCUCCCACAAACUGGAUUCACCUAUUUCUGCCCCUGCAAAGGUCAACGUGCCUGAGGUUUUCCCUGCUAGACAGAUUGUUAUUCAGAAACCGGAGCCUUGUGUGCCUCAUGUAACAAGCACUUCAAGUCCAAUCCCCAUCGUGCCACAAGUUGUGACUCUCUCCAGGAGCACAUCUCACUGUACUACAGAGGCCUGCGGUUCAAAACCUGCUGUUCAAUCGCCAGUUAUUGCUCCUAUCACCCAGGCAACCUCAUCUCAGCCGUUGGCAACUACAAGUGCUGCAGCUGUUACGCCAAGAGCUGUCCCUCAAGCCCGAAAAGCAUCUCUUGCCCGAUUCUUGGAGAAACGAAAGGAGAGAGUGACUAGUGUUGAGCCAUACCCGACAUCAAAGAGUCCGCUAGAGGGCAGUGACACCGUAGGCAAUGCUAGUGCUCCAACCAAAUCUUCAUUCACAGACAUCGCCCCAGCAAGCAACUAUGGCACAGAGCCUGUGCGCCUUGGCCAGCCCAGGAACAUCAGCUUCAGCAGCGAAGUGUGUCCCAGCACAAAAUUGCAGAUCUGACUCUGGUUGCUGUCCAUAAAUUACUACUCCAUGAGUGCCUACCCACCAACACGAAAGCUGGAUAAUACAUUUUUUUUGCAUCUGGAUGAGGCAGGAGGAUAGGAAGAUACAAUGAGAUGAGACCGAUGUUCGUAAACUUGAGUAUAAUUUUGUUUGGCUAGAGCUGUACCCAUAUAUAGUGCUAGCCUAGCCGCUAUAUAGCUUUUGCAGCGCGCUUGUUGAAUGGUUUUGUCGUGCCCCAUUGUAUUAUUCAACUUGAGAAACAGACGUGCUGCUUUGUCUUUGAAUGUCAAUAGGAUUACAGGUUCCACUCAAGUUAUGAUUGAUGCUCUGUUAUUCUUGCUGUAUGGAUUUUAGCAUACAGGCUCCAGAACUGACGGGCAUUGUUAUAGGGGUGUCACGACUCAUGACAUAACCUUUGACAUCCUCCAUACUGUAAUGGUAGUAGAAAUUUUUUGUUUCGUUAUGAACCAGUGGUAGUAAAGAUUUUGUGUUACUUUAUGGAUACGCAGAUGAUGCUUGCUUCUGUAAAUAUACUGAGAUGUGUUACAUGAGAUUUUUUU